AAUGUUUACCAACAAAAUGGUGUCUCCUUGCAGCGGUGUCAUAGGAAAAUAGAAGUGGUCUGUAGAAUCGUCGAGAACAUUUGAAGUGGUGCAAGUCAUACAAGCCCGAGCAUAUAAAUACGAUGGAUAACCACCCGCCGCCGUUUUGGAAUAUAUCUUCGACUUCGCCGCAACCUCAGAUGGACUCCGUGAAAGUGACGAUCAAGGCUUAUCUGGAAGAUGGAGAGAUCCGUCGAUUUGUCAUCGAGGACCUGCAGAGCUUUAAAACUCUCCACGAUAGAAUCCGGGCAGCCUUUCCAACAUUGGCUCACUUGGAGUUCAUCCUUUCAUGGAUGGAUUCUGAGGGAGACGAGAUUGUCAUGUCCAGUGAUGCAGAGCUGGCGCAAGCUCUGCAGAACAUGAAAGAUGGCCUGUUGAGAAUUUAUGUGAACUUCGAUGCCCUGAGAAAGCCAGCUGUGGCUGCUCCCACUACAGCAAAUCCAACAGCAGCUGGCCUUGGCACAGUGCACGGAGCUCCAGCACAGGCUGUUCAUGCCGGAGUUCUCUGCGAUGCUUGUGACCAGGAGAUUCGUGGAGUGCGUUACAAGUGCCUGCAGUGUGAAGACUACGAUCUCUGUGGGCCAUGCCAUGGAAGGAAAAUGCAUGAGGAACAUGACAUGCUGAAGCUUGUCAACCCCGGCACUCGUCCCUUGUGGGCAUUCCCUGGCUGGAAACGCCUAUGGCGCCACUGUGGCUACCCCCGAAGGGGGGGAGGAGGUGCCAGAGGCCGCCCGGCCCAAGGUGCCCAUCGCUCGGCACAUCACCACAGGCCAGACCAGAGGCAGCAGUACCAGGAGAUCUUGCGUGGCCUCGGAGACACCGUGGCCAACUUUCUUGAACCUUUUGGGAUCACAGUCGAUGUGCUGAACGACAUGGCCAGCAACACUUCUCCACCAAAGCAGCCAAAGAAGGACACUGCUACGGAACCCAUGGACACAUCAGCGGGGCCUAGUGGUGGCGAGUCAACUGCUGCAGAGCCACCAAAACCUGUUCAAGCGGCAGACACAGCAGCAGCUGCUGGUAACAGCAGCACAACGUCUGCUGUGCUGGGAGGACCAUUCAAGACGGCUGAGACCAAUGGCGGGGGAGCUGUCACAACCCAGGAAACACCCAGGGCCUCUGAGCCUGCAGUGGAAGUUGAGGUGCCCCCUGGCUGGACUUUGUUGAAUGCGCUGCGGGACUCUCUUGUGGGUGACGACCUGCCCCAUCCCAUGAGCCCAGAAGUGGUGCCAGCUGCGCCAAUUCUGCCUGCUGCUGCUCAGGCUGGAGACAACCCUGUGGACAUAGCCUUGGGCCAGAUGCUGGCCAUGGGAUUCAACAACGAGGGCGGCUGGCUGCGUCAGCUGCUCGAGGUCAAGCGUGGAGACAUUGGAGCAGUCCUGGAGUCACUGCACCCUUCCCCCAAAUGAUGCAUUCUCGGGUUCACUAAAAUUGAAGAGAAUUAAUGAGUGGUUGGAUUGUGAUGUCCAAGCAUAUUUUAUUACAGUUAUGAUCAUUAUUGGUGCGGAGCAGCAGUUAUGCCCAAGUUCUUGCACCAUGCAUGUGUGUGUUGUUAAAGUAGCUUAUGUCACCGCCCAAUGAUAACCUUGAGCACAUGUACUAGCGUUGCCUUCAUAUAGCAUCAAAGGACCAGAUCAUUAUUUUCUUUGGACAACUAAACUUAUUUGCUUAAGCAGCAGUACUUUGCUAGCACCAAGUAUUAAGUGUUGGUUUCAGCUAUUCUUGGUGGACCAUCUUUUAUAAUCUUACAAGCGUGGAAGCGUGGGUGAGUUAGUAAGACAUGAUGAAAUAACUCGCAGCACAGAAGAGGGAGGACAGACAGGACGAGCGCUGUUCCUGUAUUUUCUUUUUGUCUGUCCUCAUUGUUCUGCGCUGUACAGCUAUUUCAUCUUUUAUAAGUUUUCUGUGAUCAAGUGUACCAGUUUUCUUUGAAGUCAAAGUGGAACUUUGGCCAGUAGUUUCCCAAGCCUUUAUCAGAAAAGUUACUACGCCACUGCUUGGAGCAUAGUAUGUCAUGUAGGGGGACUGCUCUGAACUGCACAUGUAAUGAUUAAGUGCAAAUAAUUUUUUUUUUAUUCCAGUGGUGGGCACUGCUUCUGUACAGGUUGUGUAUGCAUGCGUGCAAUAUUCAGAAAACCUAUUAUACUCGGAGCUCUCGCUCGGCCUGAUGUACGUGCACCACCAAGCCAAGCAGGGGGGAUGUGUAUAAGCAAGUGUGCCUACAUACAUGUAUAUGCUGUGGCGUCGCUCAUAGUGACACAUGACACUUUGAGAAUUAUUCAAGACAUCUGUUUGUGUAAUCUGUCGCUUCAGUAGAUGAAUUAAAGCUUUGAGAAAUAACAAAACACACAAACAGAA